AAAGAGAGGACACGAGGAGUAUGCAAUUGAGAUUUGGUUAGGACUAUUUGGUAUCCUUGGGAUGUUCCUACCCUAAACCAUUACCAUUUAAAAUGUCAAUUUCAAUGGGGUAGGGACAUCCCAAGGACCUUGAAUAGCACGGACCAUUGAGAUUUUCCCACAGACACACCUCUAUUCCCUUCCCUGAUGGACAGAUAGUGUAGUCGUCGUGCUGUCAUUCAGUCUGUGACCUGUUGUAACAAUGUGUUACCUGGUUCUAUUCAUUCUCCUCUGCUCUGGAACUCUCCUGUCUAUAACGCUCAUAGACUACUACCAACACCAAAGAGUGGACAUUGCCCUGUUCUCUCAGGAUGUGAGAGAGCUGAUGGACUGUCCUUGGAGACUCAACCUCACACACAGAGAACUAUACAGGACAGAGUUGUGGUCGUGCUGUAAUGCGUCUGAUAGGCUGAUGGUGACCAGACAGAACACCAAUCUGAACCAGAGUCUGUCCUACGAGAUACACAGGUGGAAGAAGAGAAAGGUGGAUCAAGCACUAUGGGAGAUGCUGCCUCAGACCGUACCCUGGAGUAAAGGUUCGUUGAGUCGUUGUGCCGUGGUGGGAAGUGGAGGAAUCCUGCAGAACAGCAGCUGUGGAGCGGAAAUAGACAAUGCUGACUAUGUCAUCAGGUUUAACCUGGCUCCUAUCAACAAGAGUUGUGACGUGGGAGUGAAAACAGACCUCGUAACAGCCAACCCUAGCCAGAUCAUUAAAGGGUACACUGACCUCCAGCAGAACCCUGGACACCUGGCAGAAGUCCUGUCAUUCUAUGGCCACGCCCAUCUGCUUCUCCCCGCCUUCUCGUCUGCCUCUGGGACAGCCCCCUGCUUCAAGGUGUACCAUGCCCUCCGUAAGGCCCGCCCCCAACAAGAAGUGGUGUUCUUCCACCCAGACUACCUGUUUGAGCUGGGCAGGUUCUGGCGUCACCGUGGGCAGCGAGCCCGACGGCUCUCUACUGGUCUGAUGCUGGCCAGCACUGCUUUGGAGAUCUGUGAACAGGUUCAUCUGUACGGCUUCUGGCCCUUCCCUCUGGAUCUAUCCCACAAUUCUUUGCCCCAUCAUUACUAUGACAACGUGGGUCCGAACCGCAAAAUGCACGCAAUGCCUGAAGAGUUCCUGCUGUUACUACAACUCCACAGCCAGGGGGCGCUACAGCUACAUGUUGGACCCUGUACACUGACCCCUACACCCUAACCUAUACAACCUUAGUUACUACAAUUCCACAACCAGGGGGCGCUACAGCUACAUCCCUGUUGAUAGCCCCUUGUGCAGGGCUAGGCAACAGAAGCCUACCACACUGACUUGUAUUCACACCCUGAUCCCUCAGUCUCUGUGGUGAGACAAUACUGUGAACAUGAUUUGAGAUUGAAUUUGGACCACAACUUAAUAGAGCUAACAGUUUAGAACACGACCUAAUUCAGCGUUACCCAAACUUGGCCCUGGGGACCUCAAGGGGUGCACAUUUUGGUUUUUGCCCUGGCACUACACAGCUGAUUUAAAAAUAAUCAACUCAUCAUCAAGCUUUGAUUAUUUUAAUCAGCUGUGCACCUCAUGAGAUACCCAAGACUGAGUUUGGGAAACGCUGACUUAACUGUUUUAGAACUAAAAAUACCAAAUAGUUUGGAACCUGACCUAAAUCAUGACUGGUCAAUUGUUGUUCCUUUACCAGUUUGUUUUGUGUUUCCAGAUAAAUGUCAGAAUAAAGAGAUGAAGAGAGA